CCAGGCUCCAGUGGCCCCUUCUCUGCAGCACAUCUCACUUCGGCACCACAGCUACAACAGGAGUACCAAAGUACCCAACAGGAGUACACCCGAGUACCCGCCAGGAGUACUCAAGUACCUCCACGUACCUCCGGCCGAUCAGCUGUCAGGGGAACUAAGAUCUGAGUGUAUGUCCGACGAACGGCGAGGGGACGGGGAGGCGGAGGGCCCACCGCCGCCCUCCCCGCUGACCGGGGGCUACCUCCUGGUCCUCCUGCCCCAGCUCCACUCCUCCGCCCACAAGGACAGGCUGCUACACGCUCUAACCAAAGGUCUGAUAACAUGGGAUGCGCAGGAGUGCCAUGUCGAUCUCGACAAAGAACUACAGAACAUUACUGCCCAAGCUCCGGAAGGAGAGGAAGCAAAGAAUGGAGAAAGGCUGAUUCAGUUCGCCUCCGAAAACUUGGUGACUGAGGUGCUGAUCCACCCGCAGCUCAACACCUUGGUGCAGUGCAUGAGGAACUGCCUCAGCAGCUUCACCAGGCACCGCCACAUCAUACACGCUGGUUAUACUUCUGCUGGUAAUGGAGCCUGGGUAUUGCAAGAUGGUACAUAUUCAUUCUCCGACUUCGCGGAUAUGUACUCAGAGCACGAGGUGCAGCGAGUUCUUCGGGCUUAUGAAGGGACAGUGAGCGUCGAUGUCCACUGUUCUGGAGAAGGCGAUUGGUGGGCUCUCAAGGCUAAGGACCCAUUCUCCAAGGUUUCUAGAGUACGGCUGAACCCACCAGACAAAGGAACAACAACAACAGCAGUUCGAGACUUUCUCAACUACCUGAGCCAGUACCUGGUGCCUGCAGGGCUCACCGACCUUUUAGAACCAUCGGAUGUAGUUGGUAAUAUCCGAUUCUCUCAUCCGACACUAUAUGUCUUCCCCGGCGGUCAGGGGGAUGCCGCCCUCUUUGGAAUUAAUGGAUUUAACAUGUUGGUGGACGGUGGAUUUUCCCGAAAAGCGUGUUUCUGGGACUUUACCCGUCACCUUGACCGACUAGACUCUGUUUUAAUGACUAGGAUAAACAAUGGAAAUCUUCAAGGUUUAGCAUCUUUAUUAAAGAGGAAAAAGUCCGAACAGGUCUAUCCUCAAAUAGGACACUUCUUCACAAAUAUUCCAGAUAGAAAGCAGGUGUUGUCUCCCGAUGGCGAUAAAGAUAGAGACCCACUUUUAAUAAACCUAAUAGAACAAGGGCAAGAGAUGCUGAGUGGACUACGCCACCUCGGCUUGAAGCCUCAGGCCUGUUAUAGGGAACCUAGCGUGGAACCAAUUAACCUUUACCACAAAGUAGGUCAUGGAAAAUUAGAUAUGUACGUUCUAUCACCAGCCAAGGAUAGCCGAGAAGUUCGAGAAUUCUUGGCCAAAUGGGCAGCAGUUGAUUCGAAAAUAUUUUGUAGUUAUAGUAGGAAAGGAGAAUUUAAUUUCCCACUGAGUAGUAAAACAUCUAUUUGUGCACUUCUUGUUUGGCAACCUGCCAACCCAGAAGAUAACAUCACAAGGCUUUUAUUUCCUGGAAGUACUCCUCAGCAGAAAAUUUUUGAAGGUUUAGAUAGGCUGAAGAACCUUGAAUUUAUGAAGCAUCCUAUUUGCUCAGCUAAGUCGUUAUCACCUACCUCUUCGACCAUAAAGUUGAGCAUAAAGUCAACACCAAAACCUGCAAUAAUCGAGAAAGUUGCAGAAAUUGAGAAGAAACAGAGUGAGACUGUCAAGGCUGUGAAACAAGUUGGAGAGAUAAAAAAAUCGACUCCACCACCACCCAAACCGAAACCUAAAGCCGACAGACCAAAGGAAAAACCAAAGACUGAUUUAGAUUCUAAGCCAGAGACUGUUAAGAUUGAUAGAAAAACAACUGAGGCUGUGCAGAAAGUAGAUAAAGAAGUUAAAAAAGAAAAACCUAGAAGAACGAUGCAAAAACCGCAAGAGAAGAAAACACAGAAACCUUCAGAGAAAAAAACGGAUUCAGUGAAAUCAUCUCCAACAACACCUAAGAAAACUGUAGAAAAUAAACUCACUGAGAUGGCAGCUACAAGAACGGAAAUGAAAACUAGAGCUUCCAAAGCCAAAGCUUCACCAACUUCGACACCAGCAAAAAGUGCCAAAGAAGAAAACAAUAGGAAAGUUGUCGAACUCAAAAGUAGGGAAUCAACUAAACUUCAAAAAGCUCCACCAACUAAAAGAGAAGAACCAAAGAAAAUUGAAAAAUCUGUAGGAAAAAAACCAACUGCCUCUCCCAAAGGGAUGAAGUCUUUGUCACCAAUAAAGGGAGCAAAACAACCAGUUAAACAACGUUUAGAUGUCAAAAAAACUAGUAAAACAGAAAAAGAUAUAAUCACUGAUUCAUCUGCUGUAUCAACACCAUCAACAGUUGAUGCAGAAUUAACCAAAGCAAAAGAAGAGGCAGAAAAAACAAAAGAAAUCAGUGAAAGCAAGCCAGAAGAUGCCAGUCGAAAAGCAUCUGAGGACAUUGGUAAAUCGAUAUCAAAAGAAGAUGAUGAUGAAAUAUUAAUCAUAGAAAAGGUGGAAAUCAGUGACGAAGUCACAGGUAAAGCUGAUGUUGAAAAAAUAGCUCUACACCUGCAAAAACUAGAUGAAGAAAAAAAAAAGAUACCAAAAGAACAAUCCGCUAGUGCAAUGGAAGAGAAAGAAACUGCAGACACUCUUAGUCAAGAAAAGACUGUAGGAGAAACCAUUCCUUCACCAGAGACAAAGCAAGUUGCCCAAGAAGAAGUACAAGAUAUAAUUGAAACUGCCACAGAAAUAGUAACGAAACGGUUAGAUAUCCAGAAGACCGACUCACAAGAAAUAUCAGGAAAAGACUUGGGAUCAACAGAAAAAAUUGUCACUCCAAAAGAAAAAGAUAUGAAAUCAGUGGACGUGGAGCAGAAAAUUGAUGAAAGCCAACCUGAUGAAAGGUUUUCGACAACAGUUGAAUCUGGGGCGACAACAACUGCACCAACACUUCCUGAAGAUGAAAGGAUUCCUCUUGAUGAAAUAAAAGAGGGAAUAGAAGAAAAGCAUGUAAAAGAAGAAACAAAGGAGAAAGAAAUUAUUGCAACUCCAAGACCAGAACAGCUAACCAGUUUACCUCAGGUUCCAGUUAUAGCUGGAACAGUUUUUGAUCAACGAGCGCAACUUUUAAAGGACAUAGUGAAAACACCAGAUGAAGUAGCCGAUUUACCAGUUCAUGAGGAGGUUGAUGUGGGUAUAUAUGAAGGAGCAGGAAAGGAUGAAUUACUCUCUCUUCCACCAUCAAAGAAAGAGAAAAAGGACGAUACCACAGAAGAAUUGAAACUAUUUAAAGACAAUUUAGAAAAAGAAGAUAAAAGUAAAGACUUGAAAGAAGAUAUGGUAGAAAGUGUCGAUGUUUUGUCUCAUACAACAACAGAUUUAGAUAUGAUCAGUAGUAGCCCAAAAUCAGGCAAACCUUUGGAAUCUGAUGAAAAAGAAGAGGUACAGGAGGAUGAAAAAGAUAUUGGACUAGAAAAAAGAACUGAGAAGAUUUCAGGAUUUGCUGAGAUUGAAAAGCAAGAAAAAGAAGUAAAAAUAUUGGAAGUGGAUGAACAAGUACUAGAUAAACCUGAAGAAUCAAGAGAAAUUACAGAAAAAGAAACAAUAGAAUCAAAAGAAAAAGAAGAAACCAAAGCUCCUUCAAUAGCUAAAUUAGAAUUACAGGAAAUAGCUAGACCAUCUUCAAUUGAGGAAAUAGAAACUGAAAAGGAUGAGGGUGUCUGUCUAGAUGAAACUACUCCACAAUAUGAAUCGAAAGAAUCUAUUGUUACCGAUGGAAAAGUAGGAGAGAAAGAUAAAGAGAGUAAAGAACAUAUUAGGUUGGAAGAAGAACGUACGGAAAAGUUUUUAUUGGAGAUUGAGUCUAAAGAUUCUGAAAAGAAAAGUGAAAUAACAGAAAUUGAUAAAAAAAUACUGAGUGAAAAAGGAGAAGAGAAAAUAGCUCCUGGAACUGUUCAAGAAGCACAAAAAGAAGAACCAAAAAAAAUAGACACAGAAUUGGUGAUUAAAAAAAUUGGAGAAAGUAUUAUUUCAGAAGAACAAGAAGUAACAAAAGAAGCCACAGCAAAAGAUGUUCUAAAAAAAGCAAAAGAGGAUCAAAAAAUUAUUAUUGAAGAUCUUAAAGAAAAAAUAGAACCUGAAAUAGGUGAUACAAUGGAAGAAGAAAUAGAUAUAGCUGAUAAAGAAACCAUGUUUGAUAUCAAAACUUCAGAACUAGAAAAGGGCCAAGAACAAGAUAUAAAAAAAUCUUCUUUAGAAUCCACAAAGAAGGCAGAACCAACAUCACUGGAAGAACAAAAAAAAGGAGACAAAGAGUUAGGUGAAUCAAAACAGAUACAUGACACAAGUGUCAUUAAAAUGGAGGAAAAAGAAGAAAUACACAAGAAAACACUCACUCCAGAAGAGAAAACUUUAGCUUCAGAAAUAGCCGAGUCAGAAAAAAUUAUAGAAAUGGAACAUGAAGAACUUAUUAAAAAAGAAAUUAGUGAUGAAGCAGAACAUGAUGAAAUUACUAUUAAAGAGACUAAAACAAGUGAACCAACUAUAUCAGAAACUCUUUUAUUAAAUGGAAAAUUAAGUGAUGAACUAGGAAAGUCGGUACAAAUAUCUGUCACAGAAAAAGAAAUUGGAGAAAUAAUUCCUACAGAACUCAAAAAAACAAUAACAGGACAUGAAGAAAUAGUAAGCCAAGAAGUAAUGAAGAAGGUUGAUGAGCACGAACCUGAGGAUCUGCAAAAAAUUGAAAGUGAGUCUACUAUUUUAACCAAAGAUGAAAUGGAGCCUUCAAAAGAUGUUGAAGAAACAGAAGAUAUAAAAGAAACUCAACUCAUUGAUAAAGAUAAGAUUGUGGCAGAGAUAGAAGCAAAAGAGGAAGUAAUAAGUACUGAAGUAUCAGGAAAAAUCAAAUCAGAAAUUGAAGAAAGAAUAAAAACUGAAAUACAAGAAACAGUUGAAGACAUUGAUGUUAAAAAAGUAGUAGCAGAAGAAAUAGCAACAGAAGUAAAAGAGGAUGCAAAACUAAUAGCAGAAGUAGAAAAGAUAGAGACAAAAGCUGAAUCAACAGAAACUAUUAAAAAAGCAAAAACAGAUACUCUACUGGAUCAAAAACAUUUAAUAGAAACUAAAUUAAGUGAGGAUUUAGAAAAAAUUCGCUUGGAAGAAUCAGUUUUGAUGAAUGGUUUAAUAAAAGAAGAAAUGGUUUUAAGUGAUAAUGUUAGUGAUAGUUUAACAUCUGAUAAUGAAAUUGAACAUAUAGCUGAAGAUAAUAUCUUUAAAAAAUCAACAGGAGAAGAACUGAAAAGUGUUACAAAGGAAUUAUCAGUUAUUGGUUUUGAACCUGAUACUGGAGCGGAUUUGACAAAAAAACCUGGUAGUUCAAGCAUUAUAGACAAAGAUAUAAAGGCAGAAAUAAAAGCAAUGGAUUUGACAGCCGAAACUAAACUAUCUGAUGAAAUGUUAAAAUAUUAUGAAAAACCAACACAAGAUGAUGUGAAAGAUGAAACAAAACCAGUACAACUAACAAUUGAAGAUGAAAUAAAACCAUCUGUAGACAAGAAGGAAGAAGAAAUAAAAAUAAUUGAAGAAAAGAAAGAAGUUGAAACAAAACCAACUGAAGAAAAGAAAGAACUUGAAAUAAAACCAUCUGAAGAAAAGAUGGAAGCUGAAAUAAAACACAUUGAGGAAAAGAUAGAAUCUGAAAUAAAACCAACUGCAGAAAAGAAGGAAGCUGAAAUAAAGCUAUCCGAAGAAAAGAAAAAAGAUGAAAUAAAGCAAACUGAAGAAAAGAAGGAAGCACAAAUAAAAACAAGUGCAGAACUGGAAGAAACUGCCAAAGAACAGAAGGAAGUUGAAAUAAAACUAUCUGAAGAAAAGAGAGAACCUGAACUACAACCAACUGAAGAAAGGAAAGAAGUUGAAAUAAAACCAUCUGAAGAAAAAACAGAACCUGAAGUAAAGCCAACUGAGGAAAAGAAAGAGGCUGAACUACAACCGUUUGAAGAAAAGAAGGAAGCAGACAUCAAACUAAUUGAAGUAAAAAAAGAAGCUGAAGUAAUACCAUCAGAAGAAAAGAAAGAAGCCGAAAUAAAACUGACUGAAGAACAAAAGGAACUUGAAAUAGAACUAUCCGAAGAAAAGAAAGAAUCUGAAAUAAAACAUAUUGAGGAAAAGAUAAAAACUGAAAUAAAACCAACUCAACAAGAGAAAGAAGCUGAAAUAACACCAUCCGAAGGAAAGGUAGAAGCUGAAAUAAAAUCUACUGAAGAAAAGAAAGAGGCUGAAAUAAAAUCAACUGAAGAACAGAAGGAAUCUGAAAUAAAACACAUUGAGGAAAAGAUAGAAUCUGAAAUAAAACCACCUGAAGAAAAGAAGGAAGCUGAAAUAAAACCGACUGAAGAACAGAAGGAUCUUGAAAUAAAAUCAUCUGAAGAAAAGAAAGAGGCUGAUCUACAACCGUUUGAAGUACAGAAGGAAGCAGAAAUAAAGGAAACUGGAGAACUGAAGGAAGUUGAAACAAAACUAACUGAAGAAAAGAAAGAGGCUCAACUACAACUGUUUGAAGUAAAGAAAGAAGCCGAAAUAAAACCGACUGAAGAAAAGAAAGAGGCUGGAAUAAAAUCAACUGAACAACAGAAAGAAUCUGAAAUAAAACACAUUGAGGAAAAGAUAGAAUCUGAAAUAAAACCCACUGAAGAAAAGAAGGAAGCUGAAAUAAAACCGACUGAAGAACAAAAGGAACUUGAAAUGAAACCAACUGAAGAAAAGAAAGAAUCUGAAAUAAAAUCAACUGCAGAACAGAAGGAAUCUGAAAUAAAAUACAUUGAGGAAAAGAAGGAAGCUGAAAUAAAAGCAACCGAAGAAAAGAAAGAGGCUGAAAUAAAGCCAACUGAAGAAAAGAAGGAAGCUCAAAUAAAAACAACUGCAGAACAAAAAGAAACUGAAACAAAACCAACCGAAGAACAUGAUGAGGUUGAAAUAAAACUAUCUGAAGAAAAGAAAGAACCUGCAGUAAAAGUGACUAAAGAAGAGGAUUAUAAUGAAAUAAAAUCAACUGAAGAAAAGAAAGAACCUGAAGUAAAACCAACUGAAGAAAAGAAAGAACCUGAACUACAACUGACUGAAGAAAAGAAAGAAGUUGAAAUAAAACCAACUGACCUAAAGGAAGAAACAGAAAGAAAAGUAACUGAAGAAGGGAAGGAAGCUGAAAUAAAAACAAUCGAAGAAAUGAAAGAAGGUGAAAUAAAAGUAACUGAACAAAAGAAAGAUGCUGAAAUGAAACCAAUUGAAGAGAAAAAGGAAGCUGAAAUAAAACCAACUGAACUAAAGAAAGAAGCUGAAAUAAAACUGACUGAAGAACAAAAGGGAGAUGAAAUAAAAACAAGCAUAGAAGAGAAGGAAUUUGAAAUAAAACACAUUGAGGAAAUUAAACAACCUGACUUUAAACUGACUGAAGAAAAGAUGGAAGGUGAAAUGAAAACAAGCCAAGAACCCAAAGAAGCUGCAAUAAAAGCAACCGAAGAACAGAAGGAAGUUAAACCAUCUGAGGAAAAAAAAGAACCUGAAGUAAAACCAACUGACAAAAAGGAGGAUGUUGAAAUAAAACCACUUGAAGAAAUAAAAGAAGCAGAGAUAAAAAAAACUAGUGAAACAAAACCAACUGAAGGCCAGAAGGAAGUUGAAAUCAAACCAAUUGAUGAAAAGAAAGAAAUUGAAAUUAAACCAAUUGAAGAGAAGAAGGAACCUGAAGUAAAAGCAACUGAAGCAAUGAAAGAGGUUGAAAUCAAACCAACAGAUAUCAAUAUUAAAGAUGAAACAAAAUCAGAUGGAGAGAGGAAAGAAGAUUUAAUUAAACCAACAGAAGAAAAACUAGAAGAAUUUGCAUUACCUCCAAAAACUGAAGGGGCUGAUAUCAAAACAACAGAAGAGAAGAUAGUAGAUGAAAAGAUAAAAGAUGUUCAAACCAAACUUACUGAAGAAAACAAAAUAAUGGAAGUAGAGGAAGCCACAUUACAAGUUGAAGAAACAUCUAAAUUACUUGAAAUUAAACAAUUAGAAAAAACAAUAGAAGAUAAAUUGGUAACAGCUGAGGAAAAGCAAGUUCAUUUAACAAAAGAUGAAGGCAAGGAAGAUACAGAAACAAAAGUAACAGAAGAAAUAAAACAAACUUUAAAAGAGACUGAAGAUAAAAAGGGAGAGGAAACAAUACCAACUAAAGAUGAGGAUAAAGCUAGUACAAAACCUCAGAUUUUGUCAGAACAAGAAAAGGAGGAGGUUGAAAUAAUACCAUCUGAUGAAAAGAAAGUAGAAGAAAUCAAAAUAUCUGAAAGUAACAAGGAAGACAAAGUAAAGCAAACGGAAGAUAAAGAAUUUUUAAAACUAGACAAAAAAGUUAUUACAGAAAAAGAGAAAGAGGAUGAUAUAAAACAAGCUGAACUAAAAUCUGACAAAGGAAAGAAAGCAACUGAAUUAAAAAUAGCCGAAGAACAAUAUUUUGCAAGUGAUUUGGCUAGCGAAGUAAAAGAAGUUGAAUCCAAAUCUGUUGAAGAAACUGAUGAGUUAAGAAUAAAAUAUGAAGAUGAGGAAAAGGAAACCAAAAUAAAAUUAACUGAAGAAAAAAUUGAUUUCGAUAUGAAACCUGCUGAACAAGAUAAAGAAGCAGAAUCAAAGUCAGAGAAAGAAAUAAAACAAGUGGAAAUUGAUAAAGAUGCAACAAAAGAAGCUGAAAUAAAACCUGAAGAAAAGAAAGAGAAGGCAGAUACUAAAUCAAAAGACACUGUAGAAAUGAAGAAAGAUGCUUUACAAAAGGAGGUUGAAAUACAACCACUUGGCGAUAAGAAAGAUAUUGAACCAAAAUUAGCAGAUGAUAAGAAAGAAAUUGAGUUAAAAUCAGUAGAAGAAAAGAAAGAAAUUCAAAUAAAAUCAGAAGAAGAUGAGAAAGAUAUUGAAUUUAAAUCAACAGAUAAAAAGAAAGAAAUUGAAUUAAGAUCAGCAGAAGAAAAGACAGAAAUUGAAUUACGUUCGGCUGAAGAAAAUGGAGAUGUUCAAUUAAAAAUGGCAGAAGAAAUGAAAGAAGCAGAAAUUAAAACAAGGACACAAGAGGAUGAAAUAAAAGCACCUGGAGAAAAGAAAGAAAUUGAAUUAAAAUAUGCAGAAAGGGAAGAUGACCAAUCGAAAAAAGAAGAAGAAAAGAAAGAAGGAAUCGAAAAAGACACAGGUAUUAAAGAGAAAGAAAUAAAAACUGAGGAAAAGAAAGAAAUUCAAUUGAAAUCUACCAAAGAUGAGAAGGAAACUGAAUUGAAAUCAGCAGAUGAAAAGAAAGUAAUUGAACUAAAAUCAUCAGAUGAAAAGCAAGAAAUUGUAUUGAAAUCAACCGAAGAUCAGAAGGAAAUUGAAUUGAAACCAGCAGAAGAAAAGAAAGAAAUUGAAUUAAAAUCAGCAACUGAAAAGAAAGAUAUUGAACUAAAAUCAGCAGAAGAAAAAGAACUGUUCAAAAUAUCAGCUGAAAAGAAAGAAUUAGGAAUCAAAACAGGUAUUGACCUAAAAGGGGAUGAGAUUAAACUGGUUGAAGAAAAGAAAGAUGCUGAAGUAAAACCACCACAAGAAAAAAUUGAUCUAGGUGAAGAUGUUGAAGAAAUUGAAACAAAACCAGUUGAAGAUAAGAAAGAAGUUGAAAUUACACUUGAUCAAGAAAAUAGAGAAGCAGCUGUAAAAUCACUUGAAGAGAAAGAUGCACAGUUUAAAAUAGAAGUAGAAAAAAAAGAAACAGAUAUCAAACCAGAAAUAAGCAAAGAUGAAAAGGGAUCCAAACCAAUUGGUGAAAUAAAAGAAUCUAAAGUACAAUCAGAUGAAGAAAAGACAGAAAUUUCAUCCAAACUGGAUGUAGGAAAGACAGAAACUGAGGUAAAACUAAUAGAUGAUGUUAUACAAAGAGAUGAUUUAAAAUCAACAGUUGGAAAAGAAGACAUGAGCAUAAUAACAGUAGAAGUACAGAAAAAGGAUGAGAAAAUGUCAUCAAACGAAAUUAACAUAUCAGAAGUAAAAAAAUCUGAAUCGGAUGUAGGCAAAGAUGAAAUAACACUAAAACUAGCUGAUGAUGAUAAAAUGGUAGGUCAAAUAAAGAAAGAAACUGGAAUAAAAACUGUUGGAGAACAGAAAGAAUCAGAACUUAAAGAGGAUUCAUAUGAGAAACUAAUGAAUGAUAAAAAAGUAGAGGAAAUGAAAUUAACAGAUCAAAUGCCAGAAACCAAAAUUAAACCUACUCAAGAAAAGCAAGAAGUUAAAAUAAAAUCAGAUGAAGAAAAGGAAGAAUUAGCAAUGAAGCAACAUUUGAUCGAACAAGAUAUUGAAGAAAUAAAACCAGCAGGCGAAAUACAGCCCACAGAUGAAUUUAAAGACCGUCUAGAAAAAAAAGAGACUCAAGUGAGCCAAGAAAAAAUUGAAGUAUUAUCAGGUCAAGAAACAAAGCAUACUUCAGUCAGACCUAUCGAUGAUGAUAAGGUGACUGAAUUACAGUCAGUGAUUGAAAAAGAUUUGUUUGGGGCUGGAACUGUAAAAGAUUCUGAAGAAAUAAUAGAUGGUACGAUGAUACUUGAUAAGAAGGAAAGCAUGUCAUCUAUCGCGAAUCUUGAUAGCACUUAUGUACUCCAAAAAGGUGAAGAAAUGCCAAUUAAAAAAGAUGAGUUGGCAGAAGAAAUGGCAUUGCAUAAAAUAAAAGAAGAAAAACCAAUUCAGUCAAUAUAUGAGAUAGAAAAAAGUGACUUUCUGUCAGAAGUGAAGAUGGUACAAGAUUUGAAAACCAUAGAUCAAAAAGGUGGAGGCAUUGAAGAAAUAUUAAAGUUAGAAAAAGAAUCAUAUGAAGAAAAGAAAGCUACUGCAACAAAAUCAGUUGAAGAAAAAAUGGAAGCUGAUGCCACUAUACUUAAAGAAAAAACUGUAUCUUUAGCAGAUAGUUACAUUAGUGAAAUAAAAUCGACUGAAUUGAAAGAAGAUAAAAUAUUACAUGACUUACACCACCUUGGACCUAUAGCAGAUGAAGAAACAAGAGAAUUUUCAGGGUUAAUAGUAGCUGGAACUUCACUAGAUGAGGGAAUCGUGAUAAAUGGUCAAAAAGAAAUUGAAAGUAAGUCAAUAGAAAAAACAUACGAAUCAAAGAGUGUAAAAGCUGAAGGUAUGGAAACAGUUUCCGUCAAAAGCCAAAUCGAUUCAGAAACUAAAUUAACAACUGGACUUGAUACAUUGAUACAACAAAAGCAAGAAUUGAAAUUAGUAUCAAAUGUAGAAAAAGAAAAAAUCGAAUUGGAACCACUUGAAAAAAUAAAGGAACUUGACAUCAAAGCAACAAAAUUAGCAGAUACUAAAACUACUGAAGAUCUUGAAUCAAAAAUAAAAGAUCAGUCAGAACCUGAUUUAAAAUCAACUACAGAAAAGGAUAAACCUAAAGAUCAAUCAGAUCUAGAGCAUAAGGAGCUAUCUGAACAACCAGAAUGUAGUAAAGAUGUUGAAGCUAAACUGACUGAUAGUAAGAAAGAGAUAGAAGUCAAAUUAUCUGAAGAAAGUAAAACUGAAAUAAAAUCAACACAAAAAGAAGAGUCAAUAGCUAAAUCAACUCAAGAAAAAGAGGAGCAUAAAGCUGGGCUAUCUGAGGAUAAGGAAGGAUCGGAAAAGAAAAUAGAAGGUGAAAAGAAAGAUAUUAAAGAAAUAUCAAUAAAAGAUAAAGAAACUGAAUUACUACAGAAAGUAAUGGAAAUUGAAACAGAAAAAUCAACAAAAAUUGUGGAGGAUUUUGAAUUUUUAGAAGAAUCGAUAGAUAAGCUUACAGUAGAUAAGAAAAAAGUUUUAUUUGAGGCUGAAGGUUUGAAAGAGACAUCAACAACUGUAAAAACAAUAACAGAUUCUGAAUCAACUGAAGUUUUAGAACUGAAGUUAGACUCUGAGAUCAAAACCACAGAGAAAAAAUCUAGAAUCUCUGAAUCUAUGGAACAGACCAAAGAUGUUGGUUUAUCAAAAUCAAUUAUGAUAGAAAAAGAUAAAACAAGUUCUGAAGAAGAAAUAGGACAUUCAGUCUUGAGUAAGUUAUCAAAAGAAAAUGGUUAUCACUAUGAGGAUGUUUUAGAUGAAUUGAAGGAAUCACAAAAAUCUGAAAUAGCAAUGAAAUCAGAAAGUAGUAUAGAAACAAAAACAGAAGACAAGGCAUUGUCUAGUAAAACUACUGAAGAAAUCUUCAAAGACCAAGGGAAAAAAAUGAGUGAAAGUACUUUUGAAAUUCAGUCUGUAGAAACAAUCAUUCACAGUAAAACUUCAGAAGAUAAACUGGAAGUAAUGAGCAGUGAAUCGAAAGAAACUGUUUUAAAAACUGAAACAGAUUUGACUGAGACUGAUUUGACAGCACAAUCUGGAACCAUCUCUUCAACUGAGAAGGCAGAUAUCACAGAAGGCUCAAGCAGUUCGAGUAGGGUAACAAUAACAGAAGAGUGUAAGCUUGAUAAAAUAAAAUCCACAGACCUUCCAAAAGCUGAAAAGGGAGCAUUGGACAGCUCAAUUAAAGAAGAAAAAACUGAAAAAAUCAAAGAUGAAACUGUAUUGACGAAACUACCAGAUGAUAUUAAAGAAUCAACAUCUCAAAAAGAGUUUUCAACAGCAAGUUCUAUGAAGGAAACAGAAACUGCCACCUCUAAAGAACACCUAUCAAUGGUUGAUGAAAAAAUAAAAGAGAGUAUUGAUACUAAAGUCAAUGGCUUUACCGAUUCAAAAGUAACCUCAGAAUAUCAAGUUUCUACCUCAACUUACAAAACAGAAGGAAGAAGUGAAACAACAUCAAAAGAAUGUACUGAUAUUAGUGGAAUCAUAUCAGAACAAAAAGAAAUGGUAGUUCAAGAAAUUGCCGAUUUACCAUCAUCUGUCAAGGUUGAAAAAGAUACGGCUAAUGCAGAUUUAAAGAGCAAAAUGAAGGAUGAGAAACUAAUGGAUGUAGCAGACGUUACAACAGAUCAUGUUAGCCAAAUUACAACUAAAGAACCAAGUACAGAAAAAAGAACUGAAGAAGUGUGCUCCCUUAAGUACACAAAUGUUGAAAAAGUCAAAAGUGAGGAACACUCAACAGAAAGUUCAGAAACAUCACAAUUGAGUACAAAACUCGAUGAAACUCAUCUGGAGGAAACAACAACUGUAUCGGAAAAAACAACGUUUACUAAUGGUAAAGUUCAAAUGCCAAAAGAUGAGACUAAAAGUAUUUCAGAAGUAGAAACCAAAUAUUCUGAAAGUAGUGGUAUUGGAGGUAUUACUACCAUUACUACUAUUACAAAAACCAUCACAACCACAACAACAGCACCAGAGGAGUCAAAAGAUACAGAUAUUUCAAAAAAUGGCACCCAAAAAACUGAAAAACAAAUUGUAACAACUGAAAUAAAAUAUCCUAUAGAAACUGAUAAACCUAUAGAUACUACACAAAAACAUGUUUCAAGUACUUCGUUAAUGGAAGAAACAACAGAAAAAUCGGAACAAGUUUGUAAAGUAGAAAAAAUUGUUACUGAAAAACAUGAAAUAGAAAGUGUAAAAGAUGUUUCAGUUAUAAAAGCCAAAUUGAUUUCUGAUGUGACACCAGCAUUCAAUGGUUCUACAGUAUUUGGUGGUGAAAGCAAAACUAAUAUAUCUAAAACCGAAACAAUAUUGAAUGGUUCUUUUAGUGGACCCAAACAGACUCUUCAACAAUCCACAGCAGAAGUGAAAAGUAUAUCUUCUGAAAUACAAGAUAGUAUAAAAGCGGCUAGUUCAACACUUGAAACAAAGCAUUUAGAAACAAUUAAGACUGAAAAAUCUAAAAUUAGUCUUGAAUUAGAAAAAAGUUUAGAAACAGCACAUCGAGAUAAAUCAACUGCGUCAGUAAAAGAAAUAUCAGAAGCUUCCUCUAGUCACGUAUCAACUGAAUCUAAACAAGACACUUUAAAGGAUUUAAGUAUGAUCAAGGAUAUGACUGCUAGUUUUAUAAGCACUGAAAGAUGGACAAAUAGGCGGACGGACACUCCCGAAGGUCGAGCUACUCCAUCCAGUGAGGCAACCUGGAGGGAGUCUGAUGACGACUUACCUCCUUCCCCUCUGUCGACAACAUCUCACCUACAUUCACCUCCACCAGCCAUGUACUCAUCAAUGUAUGUUCAGGAUGAUGACAGUGACAUAAGUUUUGGAAAACCUGACAUAGACUUCGAAACAGCAGCAAGAGAACACGUACAGACAAGAGGUGAAACUCUCCCUAAGGAUCCUAUAGAAAAAUGGGGAAAACCAUUAGGGCUUCCACCACCACCUUCAGGCAAAGACUACUGGAGUCCCUUUAAAGAGUGGGGAAGGCCUCUUCACCUUCCUUCACCAGCUCCAGCACCCGCAGAGAAUGACACCGAGGAUACAUCUGGCAGUGCGAAGACUACACCAAAGAAAGUGGCCAAAAUGAACGAGGAAAAUAAUAGAUAUGCUUCGAAUAUUGUGAUUGGUAAAGAAGCUAAUAAUAAAAACAGGCGUUCAGAUUCCCCUGUGAAGCGGAAUAUGAAAGACAGUAAAAAAGCUGGAAUGGGCCACAUCUACCUAGAUCUCAGUUAUGUACCACACCAUGGUAACUCCCACUAUGCCAAUGUUGAAUUUUUCAAGCGAGUGCGAGCAAGGUAUUAUGUGUUCAGUGGAACUGAACCUAGUAAAGAGGUCUUCAAUGCACUUCUGGAGGCAAAACAGCAAUGGGAGGAUAAAGAUCUUGAAGUAACAAUAAUUCCAACAUAUGAUACUGAUACACUGGGCUACUGGAUAGCAGAAAAUGAAGAGACAUUAUCAAAAUACAAGAUAGACCUCUCACCUUCAGCAAGUCGCUGCACGAUCAACCUACAAGACCAUGACACAUCAUGCUCUGCUUACAGGCUCGAGUUUUAAUAAUGAUACUGAAUCAUAAAACAAAUGUAAUUUUAUUUAAAAAUGCAUUAUUGCAAGGUUAAGUCAAACCUCAUUGGCCAUCCCAAAAAUAAAUUUUAAAAAGUCAUUGUCCUCCCUGCACAAUGCAGUCCAUUCCUUUCCCUCCAUUUUAUUGGGAUUAGAACACACUUCACUUUUGCUAAUAAUAAGAAUAUUUUGAGUAUUUUAAAGCCAGAAAAAAUUUAAUAGAUAUUGUGCGAUAGUACAACUAUCACGUCCAUCGCAAGACUACUUUUUAGAAUUUAAAUCAUGUUAAGUUAAGAAGUCAAAAUAAAAAAUAAAUAAAAAAAAAAACGUACAAACCAAAGAACACUAGAAAAUGAUAAAAUUUUGUAUACAUUAUUAUUUUUUAUUCAUUAGCAGAUUAAUCACCUGAUCCAAUACUUCCUAUAACAUAUCUCUCAACAUUGUAUACACUGAGGUAGGCGAUUUAAUCUUUGUGAUUCCUAUUGUUCAUUUUAAAUUCCUUUUUAGCGAUUAAAAACAAAUUUUACUGUAGUUGUUUCAUAUUAGGUGUUUCUCCCAGCGUUUUGACGGAUUUUGAUCCCAUAAUUCAUGUAACUGACCAAAAAUUAGCAAUUUAAAAAAAUUAAUUAAUUUAAUUUUUGGGUAGUGAUUGUUUUUGCAUCUAAUUGAAAAUUGGGAAGCAUUUGUUUAUUAAAUAGAAAAAAUAGAUAUUAAUAUCUAAGAAAAAAAAGAUAUUCCUAAUUAGAUUUAAGGUUGUCAUGUUUUCAAAAAGAAAAUAGUCAUAGGAAGAGAUGGUGGCACGCUCUUUAGGACAGGGUAAAACAUAAAUCAUAUUUUGUUGGAUUAAAUAGCUCUAUAUGAUUGUGUAUAUAUGUGAAUAAGUAUGGCAGUAAAUAUUUGGAUAAGUUUAAAUUAUAAUUUACUUAAAAUCUUCAAUGCAUGAUGAACCAACUAUGUGCAAUAGCAAUCAGAUGCAAUGUUAUUUAAUUUUAUUGAUACAAACACGAAUAAUUUGUUUUUAUAUAAUGCUAGUAGUUUUAGGCUUAUUUUUCUUUAUUAAAUGGAGCAUCGCAAUGCCAUAUUAAUACCUGCCUCAUCCAUCCAGUUUUAUUACAUUCAUAUGCUUAAAAUUACUAUUAAUGCUUAAAAUAAAAAAUUAAAAAGUAAAAAAAAAAAUUCGAAGCAAUACUUAUCUCCUUUUAAAAAUAGUACUUAUGAAAUUCAAUAAAUUAUAUAUUGACUGAUCCUAAAUUUAUGAUAAUCUGAAUACAUCUCCAGGUUAAUACUUUCUUUUAAUAUUUUUAAGCAUUAUAAUAAACAUUUACCUACCGAUUUUCUCAAUCUACAAUUAUAAAAGACUUUUGGGACAAACUUAAAUAGUACUCAUAAAGUUUUUUAUUUAUUUUUUAAAUUCUUUUCCAUGAUGUUCAUAUAAAGCAUUUAUGAGCAUUCCAUUUAAUAUAUAAAUACUGACAAUGCCUUUAUGACAUAAGAGUAAUCUAAUAUUUUGAGAGGUUUCUCAUUUUGUGUGAUUCUACUGUGUUCUGUCGUCAUAUUGAUAAAAAGUACUGCUGGAACUUUGAUGAAAAUGUAAAUAUAUAUAUAUACUAUGGGACAUUCCUUGUCACUUAAAAUUUUGUGAUACCCAUAUUAUCGUAAAAUAUAAAAUAAAAUAAAAAAAGGAGGAAAGAUUUUUAAAAAAUUACUUUGCUGUGGCAAAUUCUUUUUUAAAUUAUUAUAAUUAAAAAUUAUUAUUUUAUUUUAUAUCAUUCAUACUUAAUCAACUGAAAAAAAAAUUAAAAACAAAAAAAUAAAAAAACAAAUAUUAUAGCAUUGACAUAGGCUAAAAGCUUUUGUUGUUAGAAUCAUCUAUUUAUCAAUUAAGUGUCAAACAUUGACGUUUUAGACGAUUUGAGAAAACUAAAGUAUUCCUAAGUACUUAGUCAUAAAAAUUUUCAAUUUAGGAUUUACUCUAAUAGACUAUUUAUAUGUGAGUUAUGUAUGGCCUGAAUGUUUUCGAUAUUUCAUUGUUGGUGGGGUGUACUCUUGGCAAAUUCUGAAUGUGCUUGUUACCCAUAAACCAUUGAACUCAUUGUGUUCUAUCGUUAAUGUAAUCUCAUCCUGUUUCAUGCUUUCAUACCUUCCCCUCCCCAUCUCCCUCUGUCCUCUCGCUUACGAGGGAACGAAACCAAUCAUGCACAAAUCACUGCUACUCUCUUUAUAUAAAUCCACAGACAUAUGAAAAUUCAUUUAAGGCCUAAUGGUGGAAUGGUUAAAAUAUAUAAUUAAAUAAAUUAAAUAUUGAAACAAUAAAUAAUGAAAAUGGUGGGAUUUUGCAGGUUUGACUUGUCAGAAAGUGUGAUAGGGUUUAUACGCAAAUUUUUAUAUUAAUUUUUUUAUCUAAUAGGCAACCGAUGCAAAUUGUACUUAGAUCGCGGAGAUCAUGAAAUGAAUUAAAAUUUAAAAAGAUAAUUUUUUUUUAGUUUUAUUUUAUAUUAUACAUGAAAAUAUUUAUUUGUAUAAGAGAUUGGCGUUAUAGUUAUAUGUUUGCUAUUUUUUAUAUGUAAAAUAAAGAUUAUUUAAAAGCGAAUAGACAUCAGUUUUAAUAAAGUUACUAAUGUUUUGUGACUGAGACAACAUUAAAAGUAAUUAAUUACUGGGCAAAUACACUGUAGUUAUGUGAAAAUUAUUGUCUUGUGAGGAUUAGUAAUGUCAAUAUAAAAAUCAAUGAUAGAUUAAUGUAAUUACAUAAAUUAUUAGAAGGACCAUUCAUACAAAGAUGGACAUUCAUUCAUAUAGAUCCUUUACAAUGUAUUUGACCAGGAACAAGGGUAAUGCUUACUUUUUCAUAUAUUGUCUCAUUUACAAACGAAUAUAGUUAUAUAUAUAAUUUAUAAACUAUUAUUAGCGAUGAUUAUAUUAUAUUAUGUUAAUUCUUAGAAAAUAAGAUAUUUAUUUAUUGAAAUGAAUGUGAUUUUAAAAAUAGUGGAGAUUGAUCGCUACAAAAUGUUUGUCAUCGAUGGUGCUAUGUUCAACUUGGAACGCCUUCUCUUUAAAUUGUUGCGGUGGUUAUCCCCGAUGAAUUUUGUAUAGUUUAGAGGGAGAAGAUUAUAUGGAAUAGAUUCUUAACUUAUUUAAAAACUGUUUAUCAUAUAUUUCCGGUAGUUUAACAAAAGUUGAAGUAAUAAAUGACAGUUUAUGGUUGAAAAUCUUAUUGUGGAGACGGCUAAGACCCAUUUGCUUCUAAUGUUGGUAAUGAAGGAAAAUAAAAUUGAAUAAAGUGUCACCAGGAAAGUUCCUUCAAAAAAAUGUGUAAUAAUUCUUUAAGUUUUUAUUAAUAGUGUAAAUUAUAGAAUAUUGUUAUAGAAAAUUUGCUCUAUAUAAAUGAUAUUGAUGAAAACUAGAAUCGCCAAAAUCUUUUCUGAAUUAUGUAGAAAAGAUGGAAGCGUAAAUGACUGUCUAUUCAUAACAAAAAGUUAUGUUUAGUUUGUAUAUUAUUAAUUAAAAUUAUUUUAUAUUUAAUUUAUAAGUAACAUACAUAUUCAUGUUUGUAUAUUUCGAAGAAAAAAAAAAAUCUUCAUGCUCAGUGUCCAAUAAUGUGAUUAAAAAAAAUUUAAUAUUCAUAAAUCACCUUGAUAGUGUGCCAUUUCUGAUUUCAAUCCCUCAGGUUUUUCAAAGUGGAACCAUGCCAUGUUUAGAGCUAAAAAGAAGAAAAGAAAAAAAAUAAUUUUAACUUUUUAUAAAAAAAAAAAAAAAAAAUUAAAAAAUAUGUACAUCAUAUGGUAAAUGGAUAUUUUAUAAAAAUAGAUGUAUUUUUUAUAGAAAAAUUGAAGUUCUCCUGGGUGACAUUUUAUUCACAAUGGUGCUGGUGCACUGUUUGUGAUGCCACCCGUUAACCAUCCCAUUCUUUGGCUUAUAUUUUAUUCCAUUUAAUGCAAUUAUAUUUCCAUUUUAAAAAUAAAUUUAAUGAUGUUUACGCUGUGCUAUGUUUUAAAUGAUGGUGAAGGUGGUAGUAGAUUCCAUUUGUAACAAAGUAUCCAUAAAAAAUCAGAAAAAUAUACAAAUUUAAACAAAGUUGUAAUUUUAUUUCAUUGUUACACAUGUAUGUAUAUAUAUUUUCCAGGACAAAUAUGUAAUUAAUAUAAAAGAGCAAACACAAAAAAAGAGACAUAAAUUAAAUGUUAGGAUACAAUUAGAAAAUUCCAAACACAAAGGCUCGUCUCUCUUAUAUGCAUUGGAUAUCAUGAAGUGAUGUACUUUCUUUAGUUAAUGAGUAUUUUUUUGGACUGUUGAUGAAAUUAGUUGUAUUUGGUCAGUAUACGUGUGAUUUGGGUGCUUGUUGCAAAACAAUGAUGGAUUUGUUUGAUUAUUUGCAUUUUAGAGACUCAAGAUUUUGUGUUUGAAAAUUUCCAAUUAUAUCUUAACAAAGAUGUAAUAUUAAGGUUAUUUAAUAUAAAAAC